AUGAAGGCCAUUUUAGCAUGCUAUCUCGCUUUACUGUUUACGCUUCAAGUUGUCUUUGCUGAUGUCUUUUCUCAACUUCAAUUCAUGAAGAUUGAAUCGCCCACGAAUAACCAAAAUGUCAAAGCAGGCGAAAAGGUUGUGAUCAAAUACGCUAUGCAACCCUUGAUCUACAACCAUGUCUCUGCUGGUCUUGCAAAGUCACUUAAAGUUAACUUCCACAAGAGAAGUGGAAACACUAAGCAAAGCUUGAUCAAGGAAAAUAUUGUUCCCAAUUGCCCUAUUACUGCUGCUCAAGAUAAGUUCAAAACUUAUAAGACUACUUGGACAGUCCCUGCAAACACUGCUCCUGGUUCUUAUGCCUUUGACUUUGUUGAACUCGUUCAACUUCGUCGUGGACAAAUGACUGCUUCUGAAACUGUCAAGCUUAAUGUUGUCAACUAA